AUGAAGUGGCUAUUCCUGGUGCUGGUUUAUCUCCAGCUAUCUGAGGGACUGGAGAGAAUCAUUCUGAAGAAAGGGAAAUCCAUCCGGGAGAACAUGAAGGAGAAAGGAGUGCUGGAGGAAUUUCUGAAGAAGCACCAAGUGGAUCCUGCACUGAAAUACCACCUGAAUGAAUAUAAUGUCGCUUAUGAGCCGAUAACCAAUUACUUGAAUACUUUCUACUUUGGAGAGAUCAGUAUUGGGACUCCACCACAGAACUUCCUGGUUGUCAUGGACACAGGCUCUUCCAAUCUAUGGGUACCUUCUGUCUACUGUAAUACUGAAGCCUGUGGUAACCACAACAGGUUCAAUCCCAGUGCAUCCUCUACAUAUUCCAACAAUGGGCAAACCUAUACCCUCUACUAUGGAAGUGGUGACUUGACUGUGAUGCUAGGCUAUGACACUGUGCAAGUCCAGAAUAUUGUCAUUCAGAACCAAGAGUUUGGCCUGAGUGAGGAUGAACCUGCCAGUCCUUUCUAUUACGCCAAUUUUGAUGGGAUUUUGGGCAUGGCUUACCCUGCCAUGGCUGUAGGGGGGUCAUACACUGCCAUGCAGCAGAUGCUGAGACAAGGACAGCUUUCCGAACCCAUCUUCAGCUUCUAUUUCUCCCGCCAACCAACUGUCCAGUAUGGAGGGGAGAUGAUCUUGGGUGGUGUAGACAAUCAGUUGUUCUCUGGGCAGAUUUCCUGGGCACCUGUUACCCGUGAAGUGUACUGGCAGAUUGGUAUUGAGGAAUUUACCAUUGGCAACCAGGCUACUGGCUGGUGCAGUGAAGGCUGCCAGGGAAUUGUGGAUACAGGCACUUGUCAGCUUACUGUCCCACAGCAGUACAUGGGGAGUUUUUUGCAGGCUGUGGGAGCUGAACAAUACAAUGGCGAGUAUGUGGUGAGCUGCAACAAUGUGCAGAACAUGCCCACCAUCACCUUUAUCAUUAAUGGAGUCCAGUUCCCACUGCCGCCCUCUGCCUAUGUCACUGACAAUGAUGGUUAUUGUUCAGUUGCAAUUGAGCCUACCUACUUAUCUUCCCAGAAUGGGCAGCCUCUAUGGAUCCUGGGUGAUGUUUUCCUUAAGGAGUAUUAUUCAGUCUUUGACAUGGCCAACAACAGGGUGGGCUUUGCACCAUCAGCCUAG